AUGACUGGAGGAGGAUUUGCUACCCAAGGUGGCGGCCGGAGGUAUGAGGGCCGUUUCACCCCCUUUGUCGUUAUUACUUGUUUGGUUGCCGCCUUGGGCGGUCUCCUCUUUGGUUAUGACCUUGGAAUCUCAGGGGGAGUCACCUCAAUGGAAAUGUUCUUGAAGAAGUUCUUCCCAUCGGUGUACCACAAACAGCAUGAUGAGACUAUCCAUGAAAGUCAGUACUGCAAGUUUGACAGCGAGAUGCUUACACUGUUCACAUCUUCCCUCUACCUUGCUGCUUUGGUAGCUUCCUUCUUUGCUUCAAUAGUGACCAGAGUAUUUGGUCGUAAAGUUUCCAUGGUGUCUGGAGGCUUCGCCUUUCUUGUUGGAGCUAUUCUUAAUGGAGCUGCUUCAAACAUCGCGAUGCUAAUCAUUGGUCGUUUGCUGCUUGGUGUGGGCGUUGGAUUUGCUAAUCAGUCUGUUCCAGUCUAUCUAUCUGAAAUGGCGCCAGCAAAAGUUAGAGGAGCACUCAACAUUGGUUUCCAGAUGGCCAUUACCAUUGGUAUUCUUGUAGCCAAUCUUGUGAACUAUGGCACAGCAAAAAUUGAUGGUGGAUGGGGAUGGAGAGUUUCAUUAGCUCUUGCAGCUGUCCCAGCCGUGAUGAUGACUGUUGGGUCUGUAUUCCUUCCUGAUACUCCCAACUCCAUCCUUGAGAGAGGCCAGCCAGAUAGGGCAAGAGAUAUGUUAAAGAAAAUUCGCGGCACCAUUAAUGUUGAAGAAGAGUUCCAGGAUCUUCAUGAUGCUAGUGAAGCCGCAAAGAAGGUAGAUCAUCCAUGGAGAAACAUCUUGCAGCCAAGAUAUAGGCCUCAACUUGUUUGUUGCAUUCUCAUUCCAUUCUUCCAACAGCUUACCGGUAUCAACGUAAUCAUGUUCUAUGCUCCAGUUCUCUUUAAAACCAUAGGUUUUGGUGAUGAUGCUUCACUUAUGUCUGCGGUUAUUACCGGUAUUGUCAAUGUGGUUGCCACAAUUGUUUCCAUCUACUCAGUUGACAGGUUCGGAAGAAGAAUUCUGUUCUUAGAAGGCGGCAUUCAAAUGAUUAUCUGCCAGAUUGCAGUUGGAGGGCUGAUUGGGAAGAAAUUCGGUGUGGACGGUACAGGGGUGCUGUCCAAAUUCGAUGCCGACUUCAUCUUGUUCUUAAUUUGUGCAUAUGUAGCAGCCUUUGCAUGGUCCUGGGGACCGUUGGGUUGGCUGAUUCCCAGUGAGAUAUGCCCUCUUGAGAUUCGAUCAGCAGGACAAGCCAUAAACGUAUCAGUUAACAUGCUCUUCACCUUCAUCAUCGCUCAAGUGUUUCUAGCCAUGCUUUGCCACAUGAAAUUCGGUCUCUUCUUCUUCUUUGCCGGCUUUGUGAUUAUCAUGACUACAUUCAUUGCCUUCUUCAUCCCUGAGACAAGGAACGUUCCGAUAGAAGAGAUGAACAGAGUGUGGAAGGCACACUGGUUCUGGGGAAAAUAUAUCCCAGAUGAUGCUGUCAUUGGACGCCUGUAUGAGAUGCAAGCUGAGCCCAAGGACCCUUACAACUUCAAUCUGCAACAAACUCUGAGGCUGUAA